AUGGCUGGUGCUGAUACUGUGUGACAAUGGGAGUCAUCGAGUUAAGCAUCAUCUGUACCGAGUGAACACCAAAAACACACUCGCCAAAGUGUCAGUAAACGGCAGCUUUUGCGAGUAACAGGAAAGAGUCGACAUCUGCUGUUCGACGAAGGACUGGCAGUGAUGGGAGCGUUCAGCCGCCAGAAGUUUUUCCAGGAGCUGGCUCAUGGCUGCCUGUUGCCGACAGCCCAGCAGGGCCUGGAGCAGGUGUGGCAGCUGCUGCUCAUCUGCCUGCUGUGUCGCCUUCUCUGGAUGUUAGCCUCCCCCUCUAUUGUGAAGCACCUAGCCACGGUGGUGGGAGGUUUCUAUGUCCUUUACCUGUUUUUUGAGCUGCACAUGAUCUGGGUGGUCCUCCUCAGCCUCCUCUGCUACCUCUUCCUAUUCCUGUGUCGCCACUCGACCAUGCGAGGCACAUUUCUUUCCAUCACUGUGCUCAUUUACCUGCUGCUGGGAGAACUGCACAUGAUGGACACCACCAACUGGCACAAGAUGAGAGGUUCACAGAUGGUGGUGGCCAUGAAAGCCAUCUCUCUGGCCUUCGAUCUGGACAGAGGUGUUGUCGCCAGCGUACCCUCGCCUAUUGAAUUCAUGGGAUACAUUUACUUUGUCGGAACAGUCAUCUUCGGGCCGUGGAUCAGCUUCAACAGCUACAAAGACGCUGUGGAUGGGCAUAGGAUUAGUUUAUCCUGGUUAUUCAAAGUGUCUUUUAGCUGGGUUAAAAGUCAGAUCUGCCUCGUUCUUUCCAAUUGCGUGGCACCCUACCUCUUUCCCUAUUUCAUUCCUGUCUACGGAGAAAAGCUAUUGAGAAGCAAAAAGAGGAGGAAAAUCAGGGAUACUCUGGCAAAGUGGUUACUGGCUUAUGAAAACACAAUGUCUUUCCACUUGAGCAACUAUUUUGUUGCUUACUUGAGCGAGACCACAGCCACUCUGGCUGGGGCGGGCUUCACCGAGGAGAAAGACAACCUCAAAUGGGAUCUGACGGUGUCAAAGCCACUGAAGGUUGAGUUUCCCCGCUCAAUGGUAGAAGUGGUCACAUCAUGGAAUCUGCCAGUGUCACGCUUUCUGCACACCUAUGUAUUUCAGAGUGCUCUCAAAUUUGGGACUUUCUCUGCCAUCAUGGUGACAUAUGCAGCCAGCGCCCUUCUGCAUGGUCUGAGCUUUCAUCUGGGGGCUGUGCUGAUGUCUCUGGGCUUCAUCACCUACAUUGAGCACGUGCUGCGGAAGAGACUAGCAGCCAUUUUUAACGCCUGUAUCCUGUCCAAGAAAUGUCAGCCCAACUGCAGCCACCAGAACAAAAAGGCACUAUGGGUGUACAUGAUCAACAUAGCAUUCAGUGCUCUGGCAAUACUCCAUCUGACAUACCUGGGUUCCGUGUUCAAUUCUAGUGUGGACUACAUGGAGGAGGAUGAGGAUGACGUAACCCACCAUACCAUUCAGAAGUGGUCAGAUCUGAGCUGGACAAGCCACUGGGUCACCUUUGGCUGCUGGAUAUUGUACCGCCUCAUUCUUUAAAACUGCGAGAGAGCAAAAGAAGCAAUAAUGUGAAUUCUAUCCUCUGUGACUGUAAAUUGCAUCAGGCUGAGGAGAACAACUCAAUAUGCAGGUUAAUGUCAUCCUGACCUGCGAGGGACUCCUUUUGAUAUCCACGCCACUUUCUUUCCUCUUUGUGUCUGGAUGGCAUCCUCUUUUUUUUUUUUUUCCCAAUGUGAGCCACUGCAGUCGUCAAGCUCUCGUGUUGUGACAGCAGUUUCAGAUGUCUCCCUGCGAGUCACAAUCAAUACCUAUCAGCAUGGUGGAUUUCCGGGGAUUGAGCCGUUAUCUUGCCCUCUGAGACAAGUGCGCCUGAUGCCCCUGCCCUACGUGCAUUCCCUUCACCUCAAAUGUUUAAUAAUGUUCUAUUUGUCUUGUUUACAGUAAAUAAGGAUUUUACUGAAAUUGCACAAUGUUCGUAGGUUGAGUGCUUCCCAUAGAGAGAGCAGUGGCCAUCUUCAAGUGUUUUCAGCACCACUCUCUCCAAAUUGACAGUGAGUUUACAUUAGUAUGAAAUGAGCACAGAUUACAGUCAAGUAUUUAUUGUGUACUGUAUCUCUAAAUUAUUUUCAUACGAUAUUAGUUGAAAAAGUGGUUUCUCAAAGCCCAAGAUGACACCCUGAAAUUAAUUAUUACAGAGUAUUAAACCAAACCGUUGGCAGUUCAUUUGAAGGUUGAUAUUAAAUUAACUGAUUCAUCAGCUGGAGUUAGAAGUUUGUAAUCUUUUAGUCAUUUUUAGAUUUAGAAAGUCAAUCAGGAAAUGCAUUUGUUGUAGGCAUUGUGCAUUGUAGAGUAGACAAUAAUGUUUAAACCCUGAUUUGAUUCAUAUGUAGUAGUUCAUUUUAUGCUUUAUUAUACAGCCUGUCAUGUUGUGAAUUUAUCCUCGCCACAUACUGUAUGCUAAUGACUCUGCACUACAAGUGAAGAGGUGACAUGACCUGUUUUGUCAGAGUGGGUUUAACAUACUCUCUGUAUUUGUGACGUCAACGGAUUUGCAUCCUGACGAGCGUACAAAGUGUUAGAUUAGAGUCUGAAUGUUCAGUCUCUGCACAACCAAAACCUAUUCAAGUAUUUUCAAUAUGAAUAUUUUUCUUGUAAAUGUGAAUUCACUGGCACACCUGUGAUCAUUGUUUUAUAAAAUUUUACAUGAAACCUGAUUUGCUAUGUUCUUUUAAAUGCAUUCAUUUAUACAGAUCUGUAUCACAUGAAACAGUAGUCACACACACACACACACACACACGCAAGACUGAUGUAAGAAAUAGUUGUUUAUUUGAAUAAUUAUUUACAAGAAAAAUGGAAGGACUGUUAAAUAGUCAAUUGAAUUGGGAAAGGGUGACAAACUGCAGCCUUGCUCCAAGCAGUGGUCCAUUUUUUUCCAGGAGUGUGAGCAUCCAGUAUGUUGGGUGGAUAGUUCGGGGAACAGUUAAAGGUAUAGGGACAGCUGGCGGUGAACGGAGAUCAGUUUAAUUUUCCAUUUCUGUCAGAGGUGAGCAGAUGUGUUGGAAGACCACCCAACAACCUAGUCGGCAGGUUCAGGGGAGCGGAGGAAAGCUUGGCUCAGCCCUGUCUGCCCCGAGGACCCCCGUGUUUGCGACGGCAGGAACCCAACAGCGUCUCCAAAGCCAUCUUCACAAACGCC